AUGGCGGGCCGAACAAAUGCGCCCCGCCGGAUGAUCCCGUGGCUAUAUGACCUGGUUCUAUGGCUCUUCACUUUGGCAUUGGACCUCUUCUUCCGCGAGAUAUACCCUCGAGGAGCAUGGAGAAUCCCCGAAAGAGGCCCAGUGUUGAUUGUCGCCGCGCCGCAUGCAAACCAAUUCGUCGAUUCGGCAAUUUUGAUGCACUUGCUCAAAUCUCAAGCCAAGCGACGUGUCUCAUUUCUUAUUGCUCAGAAAUCCAUGAAUGAGCCCUAUAUCGGAACUUUGGCAUCAUGUAUGGGUGCUCUUCCCGUUGUUCGAUCAAUGGACUUGACCAAGCCGGGGAAAGGCAGAAUCUAUCUUGCCGACCCAGAGAAUGACCCGGCCCUGGUAAAUGGCAUUGACACGGAUUUUACGCAAUCUGAAUUCAUGCCAGGUGGCUCGCUUACUGUGAAGGGUCCUGAUGGACCGCAAACAACCUCAAUCGAAGAGAUUAUAAGCCCUACUUCGCUCAAACUUAAGAAGCCAUUUGCUUCCCCUCUCUCUGAUGAUGGCGGCCGCAAAGGCGCAACUUUCAAGAUCGCGCCUCAUGUUGACCAGGGCAAAAUGUUCUCCGCUGUCUACGAGGAGCUCUCCAAUGGAGGAUGUAUUGGCAUUUUCCCUGAGGGGGGUAGCCAUGAUCGAUCUAACUUAUUACCGCUUAAAGCCGGUGCUGCCCUAAUGUCACUCGGAGCUUUGGCUCAGGACCCGACCUGCGGAUUGUCAAUCAUUCCAUGUGGCAUGAAUUAUUUCCACGCACACAAAUUUCGAUCCCGCGGUGUGAUUGAAUUUGGACGGCCUAUUCAUGUGCACCCCGAUCAAGUUGAGGCUUUCAAGGCUGGAGGAACUAGCAAGCGCAAUGCCGUCGGCUCACUGCUUGAGACAAUCUAUGAGGGUCUCGAGUCUGUUACGCAGAUUAGUCCUGAUCAUGAGACUCUCAUUUUGGUUCAGUCUACCCGGAAGCUUUAUAAUCCUAUCAGCAAGAAGAUCCCACUGCCUCUGGUUAUCGAGUUUAAUCGUCGAUUGCUGAAGGGGUACACUCGACACCGAGAUGAUCCCCGAAUCCAAGGUCUUCAGAAGGCCGUGACUGAGUACAACAGGCGCCUUGAGUCUCUAGGAAUCAAAGAUCACCAAGUGGAGUGGGGAAAUCUUGAAGAAAAGCCAUGGUGGCUGAUAUUGAUUACCUUGUUUUAUCGCCUCUCCAAGCUUCUCGUUCUAAGUAUUGGUACGCUACCAGGAGUUUUGCUCUUCUGGCCUGUCUUCGUCACUACAAAGGUGAUUUCCGAAAAGAAAAGGCGAAACGCCCUUGCAGCUUCAGUCGUCAAACUCCAAGGCCAUGACGUUGUCAGUACCUGGAAGAUUCUAGUUGCUAUGGGAUUAGCACCAACUCUAUACGCAUAUUAUACAAUUAUUGUGACCGCGUGGCUCCGUUACAAUCGAUAUGAUGGAUACUACACAUAUUCAGUUCCCUGGUGGAUGGCUGCCAAUACAUACGUUCCGAACUUUGUCUCCUUGGGGGCAUUUUCCGUUACAUUUUUCAUGUUCAUGAUCUUUAUCAGCUACGCAGCUCUGCGCUAUGGCGAAGUCGGCAUGGAUAUCAUCAAAUCCCUCAAACCGCUUCUCGUCGCACUUAAUCCCCUCUCUUCCUCCUCUUUGACUGAUUUGCGAGCUCACCGUGAAGCCCUUUCGGAGCGGGUCACUGAAACCAUCAACGAUCUCGGAUUCGGUAUUAUGCCAGAUACUGAUGCUGAGAUACCCUCUGAUUCAUACAACUUCGAUGCUUAUCAGUCUCGCUUGAAGAGCAUGCCGCCCAGUGAGCCCGAUAGCCGGGAAAGCAGUCGCAGUAGAUCCAGUGGACCUGCCGGGGCUCCUACUAUCAAAGCAUUGAGCUCUAUCAAUUCCGAAGGGGACCUGGAGGAAGUGGAUCGGAAGAUUAAAACUAUUAAGAAAGGCAGAGGCCGACGUUCCAACACUAUCGAUGUCUAUGAGACGGGUGAAUCUAUUUUGAAGUACCAACCACCCGUUGAGAAAGAAGAUAAGAAACGGAAAUAA